AUGUACAUUCUACCUACGACGGUGGACAAGAAUGUUUGUGGCGCGCAGCCCGGCGAUUCUCCCGAGUUUCUGGCAGCCGCUCGAGCACUUGCACAUGAACUACACGCCGCAAACGCGAAACUAGUCUACGGAGGUGGAACCAAAGGAUUGAUGGGCGAGGUCGCGAAGACUCUAGUAUCACUCUCUGGCCCAUCUGCCGUGCAUGGCUUCAUACCCCGGGCAUUGGUAGCAUACUAUCCCGAUGCGGACGUCGGCAAGUCCCAGAAUGACGGGAAACAACCAGAGCGAAUCCAAGCUCCAGGGUCUUCGCUGGCUGAGGGCGAAUACGGGAGGAUUACCGUCGUGGACAGCAUGCAUGAGCGAAAACAAAAAAUGGCCGAGCAAGUUCUCGCCGGUGGCCCUGGGUCAGGAUUUGUAGCCCUUCCGGGCGGUUAUGGGACCCUGGAGGAAGUGGCAGAGAACCAACUUGGGAUUCAUGAUAGAGGAAUUGUGUUGUUGAACGUUAAUGGGUUUUGGGAUGGUCUUGUCGCGUGGAUUGCUAAGGCUGCUCAACGGGGAUUUAUUGGGCCGGCGAAUAAAGAUAUUAUGGUGGAAUGUAAGGAGGUGGGCGAGGUUAUUGGGGCGCUUAAAGCCUAUAACCCAAGUGGCGGGAGGCUGAACCUCUCUUGGGGCUGCAAGUGA